ACUUGACGCACCAAUGAAUACGUGAUCAGGUUGAUGAAGGAUUUGCUCUAUGCUUUGGCAGAACGCUGAGGGAUUUUACUUUUGGCUUCUCUUCCCGGAACAUUGAACUGAUUCGCUCAGAUCUGCUCUUCCAAGAACUAGGUUUUCUGUAGAUUCAUUUUGUUGAAUCUUUAGGUUUUUGUUUAGGAAUUCGUCGACUGUUUGCAAAAGUAAUCAAGAUGAGUGAAGGCCCUGGGGGAAGAUACUGGUGCCAUGCCUGCAAUCAAUUAGUUAACCCAGUCAUGGAACCAGAACUCAAGUGCCCUCUUUGUGAUGAUGGGUUUGUGGAAGAGAUGGAGAGCAGGGGACUAAAUGACUCGGACUCUGAUUCUGACUCUGUCGGAUCCGAUAGAUCCCUCGCUCUUUGGGCUCCAAUCUUGCGAGAAAUGCUGGGCGGAUCAUCUCGGUCUAGAAGAGAGGCAGACCAUGAAGACUCCGAUCUGGAUCGCGAGUUUGAAAACUUCGUUCGGCGAAGGCGCAGGAGGUCUGCCAUUAUACACUUGCUUCAGAGCUUACAGGAUGAUCUAAGGUCAGGAAUAAGCAGCUUGGAAGGUGGUGCAGAAAGGGAAAGGAAUAGGGACAGGGAAGGCCUAAUUCUCAUCAACCACCCUUUCAACCAGGCCAUAAUUCUCCGAGGAUCAUUGGAUGCUAACGGAAACGAAGGCCAAGAGUCGAAUAACAGCGGCGUCGGUGCCGCCUCACUGGGGGACUACUUCAUCGGACCAGGAUUGGACAUCCUGUUGCAGCAUUUAGCAGACAAUGAUCCAAAUAAGUAUGGCACUCCACCAGCUAAAAAAGAAGCCAUAGAUGCCUUACCAACAGUGAGGAUUGAGGAAGAAGCCAUAGGUUGCUCAAUCUGUCUUGAGGACUUCGAUGUCGGUUUGGAAGCUAAAGAGAUGCCAUGCAAACACAAAUUCCACAGCGAAUGUAUCCUGCCAUGGCUGCAACUCCACAGCUCGUGCCCACUUUGUAGGUCUCAGUUGCCUGCUGAUGAAUCAAAAAUUUCAAAUGGGUCUAGGAAUAGCAAUAGAAUGGACAUUACUGAUGCUGAUCGUCAUAACAACUUAUGGGUUCCUGUCCCAUGGCCUUUCAAUGGGCUCUUCUCAUUAUCAGCUUCUCAGAACAGCGCGAACUCAACCUCGAACCCACCACCAUCGUCAUCCUCCAACCCUGGAAACAGUGACUCCCACAGCGAGGAGAAUUGAGUGUGUUGGAUCUUUUCUAUGGUGAAAGUGGACAACUUAGAGGGUUUCAAGGUGUCAAUUCAUGUUCUCUGUUUAACUUGUUUUGUUCAGGGAAGAUGUAAGAAUUGAACGUAAAUUAUGGUUGUAUGCGCCUUUUGUUUAACUUGUUUUGUUCAGGGAAGAUGUAAGAAGUGAACGUAAAUUAUGGUUGUAUGCACCUUUGCCACCGAGAGGUUUGUUGGAAAGAUACAUAGUAGAU